CCCAUCCAUUCUUUCCCCUUCUCUUCUCUCCCUCUCUUUCUCGCCAUCCCUUUGCAACUCAGAAGAACUAGUUCUAGGCCAAAAACCUCUCAGUUUUUUCCGGUUCCUUUUCUCUUGCUUAAACCGUAAUGGAGACCCCAUCAUCCACGAGAAGAGUUACGAGAUCGCAAACCUCCGCCUCCACCGCCGCCUCCUCCCAAAAGAGCAAGCAACAAGAAGAUCUCCACUCGAGACCGAGAAAGAACGGCGGCGGCGCCAAUGCCGACAGGGCCCCGCUCCUCGACAUCACGAACGAUUCCCCCAUCGUCGGUCUCGCGGCGGUGGAGAAGACCCCCUCGUCUUCUUCGUCUUCUCUCAAGAGCCGGGUUCGGGUGAGGCGGACCCCCGGUUCGGGCGAGGCCAUUCUCAGGGGCCAGGUGAAGACAUUGUUACAGAAGGUGGAGGAGGAAGGUGAUUUUGCGUAUAAGCCCUCUUCCAUCCUUCAAAUCCCACGCUUCCCCACCCUCGCGGGAAUCUCGAGGUCCCCGGCCCAGCUCCUCGCUCCGACUCCCGCCAAUACCCCGCAGAUUGCGAGCGUUUCGACCUUCAAGGAAGAAGGUCCAACGGUAACAAUCUCUCAGCAGGUUGUUUCGUCUCGGAAUCAAGAGGAGCCUCAAGAAUGCGUCCUCAACCGCGCGUUGCUGUUCGACUCGCCGAGCAAAUCUGGAGCCUCCGAGGGCUCGGCAAUCUCUUCGUCGCUAACUUUCCAAGGAAGUGAAAGCAGCGGCGGCUGCGCAGAGAAGUUGUCGACGGAUGACGACAGCUCUUCUCUGUGGUCAAUUCAGGCGAAUGCGAGCGCCCAUGAAGAGGAUUAUGAGGGCGAAGCGGAUGAGCUAUUUGAAGGGUACGGAGAAGAAGAGGAUGAGGCCUAUUUUGAUGAAAAUGAAGAUGGAGAAGGUGAAGAUCCUUGUGCCGAUCUUUGCGAGGGUAUGAGGAAGAUGUCAGUGGCGGACGAGGCGGUGGGAUUGCCGGAGUUCAAAGGGAAGCACACGCGGUUCGUGUACAACAGCGAUGAUGAGAUUGAAGGAGAGGAGGAAGCUGUGAAGGCUGAGGAGAUGGCGGCGGCGGUCUCGCCCGGGGUUUUAUUUCUGAAGGGAUUGCCGGCGCCAGAAGGGAAGCAUCUGCGCUUCCACGAGGAAGAUGAUGAAUCUUGACAAAAAGACAGUUGAGAGACUGUUGUGUUGCUGCUCAUUUUCAAUUGUUAUCAUCAUGGUUGUCUCUCCUUGACACCAAAUUGUUCUCGGUUUUGUUCUUCCGCUUUGUUGUUUAGUUUCUGUUAUUUCUUAUUAGGGUUAAAUUUGAUGAUUUCCAUUUCUUUUGUGAUUCUGUUGAUGAAUAAAGCUGCUGCUUUUAGUUGUUGGGUAAAUCUAUGA